AUGAAAACAGUAAAGAUUGUUGUUGAUGUAUCUAUGUAUCCAUCUAUCGAGGUAUUAAAGGAACCUAGAGUAUCUGAUCAGAUCUCGAAACAAGUAUAUAAUAUUCUCGAGAAAAAUAGACAAAAGGCACGUGAUAGUGCAAUAAUCAAAGCUUGUAAAAAUGCUGUCUCUCUUCUUCUAUCGAAGAAAAAAGGAGUUUCACCAACAUUUUUAUCGGUUUAUUUGCCAUUGAAUAUUAUUGAGUCAUCUGAUGAUACAGUUGUACCUAGUGUUUCAUCCGAUGAAGAUCUAUUAGAAACAAGUGUUGGUGAAGAUGAUGACAGUAUUCAUAGCGAUCAACUUUCAUCAUCUAAUUCACAAGGUUCACAUAUUUCUUUUUCUUUGUGUAACAAUGUAAUGACAGCAAAUACAACGUUCGAAUAUCUUUUUGAUUAUUUUAAACAUUCUCUAUCAAUUAAUAAUAAACCGAUGAAUCUUGAGAAGAUCGUAAAGGAUGUAUGUAGUUAUGCUUUUCUUGAACUUAAUUGUUCUGUGAACGUUCGCAUGUUAAAAAAAGAAAUAAGCCGUCAAAUAAGUCAUAUAGUACAAUCAGCACGUGAACGUGCUGCCGGUAAAAGUGUUAUCGAAAUUUUACGUACAAAAAAUGUUUUCUCACUUAUUUUCAAAUCUAUCGAUUCUUUGAAUCGACUUGAACCAUCGAUGGGAUUUAUAAGAUAUAAAAAUGAUGAUUAUUUAAGUCCAAAUCUUUUCGUUCGAGAAAAUAAUGAUGAAACUGCUAUUUUUCAAUUUUAUCCAUUUUCAAAUAUAGUUGAGAUAACCAUCAAUGAGACAUUAGUGAGAAAAGCAUUGUCUUCGUUUGAUCUAGUACGAGCAUUAGAUACUAGUGAAAUUUCUAAUCUUGUUUCACAAUGUGUUGCGACAUAUGAUUUAAAAUUAAAUUUACCGGUUUUUGAAGAAAUUCUUAAAACAAAAAUAUUGUUUGAACGUAGUACGUUAAAUUCUAGUUAUUUUCUAACUAUGUCUGUAAAUGUUGCAGAAAAAGAAGAUCAGAUUGAUAAAGUUAAUGAACAAAGUCAUAUAGAUGAUUCUCAUUCCUUCUGUGAAGAAGAAAUAGAUGCUAUUAUUGGUCGAACAUAUAACACCCGAGGUGUUAAACGUUCGUAUGAAGAAGAUCCUAUUUCUGUUGAACCCAAUAAAAACAUACAGAGACGAAAUAAAAUAAUAAAAGAUCAAAGAGAUUUAUUACAUCUAAAGGAUACCUAUCAUCUAACGGAUAGUGCUUUAAUUGCUAUUUUUAAGUAUAUUCAAAGUAAAAGAAAACUCUGUUCAUUAAAACAAAUCGUCCAAUUGAGAAAAAAUACAAACUCCAAAUUUCCCAUUGCGUACACUAAGACAAGUUCUUAUGUCAAAUUUGAAUAUGCAGUAAGAACUGCUAUUUUCGUUGCUCAAAAAUAUGAGCUAAAGCUUGAUCAGGUUGAGAAACUUAAUAUUCGCUUUAAUAUGGACGGUACACUCAUCGGAAAUAAGCACAUAGUCGCAAUAUCCAUAAACUGCAUUGAAGGCGGUCGUCAAUGCCAAAUGUCAACACACCUUGUUCCUUUAGCUCUUUUUGAAAUACAAAAGGAGAACACUGAAUUAUUACGUAAAACCCUGCCUGCAGAAUUUGUUGCUGAUAUAAAGUCAGUAAAACAUAUUUCUGUAGGAGAAAAAAAUAUAGAAAUUCAUAUUCGAUUAGGAGGUGAUUUGAUGAAUGCCGUGUACGUGUUUGGACUUAGUGGCUUCAGUUCCAAUUAUCCCUGCGUCUUUUGUACGCAACAUAAAGAUGAUCUGCACAUAACUGAAGAAACUGCUUAUGAUAAAAUAACUACUGAGGGAAAGGGUAAAAACAAGAAAACAAAUACAGUUCAUAUUGGCCCCACUUCUUAUCACGAUUUCACUAAACGAGCACGAUCCCUUGCCGAGCAAAAGCUUUGUUUAGCUAAAAAGAAUAAUGAUUUAGGAUAUAAAUGCGAACCUCUUUUUGGUGAUCUUUUUGAUUAUCAGGAUUACUGCGUGGACACGCUACACCUGAAGUUACGAAUAUUUGAUGUUAUUUUAAAAGACAUAUUGUCUUACGCUUCUCGGACUGGUAAAUAUGGAGGCGAACAUUUAGCAAUUAUUGAAAAAAAAAUUGAAAUUCUUAAUCAGCAUUGCAAGAGAACUAUCGGAAAUCGUUUUUUCUUUCAAGUAGAAACAGAUGAUAAAAAUAAAAUUAUUGCUUCACAUGGAAAGCUUUCCGGCCACCUUCAAGAUCUGUUUUUUGUUGAUAACUUUCCUUACAAAGAAAUUCUAGGCGAUGAAGUUGCAAAAUCUGUUCGAAGUGUUGUGAAUAAGUUUAAAGAACUUCUUAAUGAAGUUAAGCAUAAUUCUAUAAAACGAAAGGGUCAUCUAAAGCGUCUAUCUCUAGAGUUUGUCAAAGAAUUUCGUCAAAGUGGUCUUCGUACAACUGUUACUCCGUAUAUCCAUAUAAUUGGAAAUCAUUUGUUUGAAUUCGAUGAAUUCAAUGACCUAGGAGAUUACAAUAUGCAGGGAGUAGAGAAAAAUAAUGAUCUACUCUCUAAUAUCUAUUUUUCAUCUACAAAUCUUGCGAAAAAUCCUCUCCUUACUAUGCUUCAGAAACUUUAUCGAAUGCUCGAGAUGAACUUUGAAGAAGAAGCAGAAAGAAAUGCGAUGGCUGAAUUUGCUCGAACAGGUGUAUACGAUUUCGUUGAAGCUCUAAAUCAACCUAAGUCAUUACAUGACGAUGACAUUUUCUUCUAUAGCAACGAACAACAAGAGAUAGAUAGUGAUGAUGAAUUUAAAGAAACAUUUAAUCGAUCUAUAGAAGAUGUUGCUGAAAUAGAAGAUGAAAGUGACAUAGACUUAGAUGAAUCAAUGAUUUGGGCGCCCGAAAAAAGAUUUGGAACUAACUUUCUACCUAGAACCGAAAAUCGGUUCAAGAGUUUCCGAAGAUCAUAAGUAAACAUUUAAACUUACGAUAAAAUAAAUUUAUAAUCCUCAUUUUUCAUUCAGCAUUUUUUAUUUACGAUAUUCGUUUUCUUCAAAAUAUACCCGUUUGCUCUUGUAAAUAUAUUCUACAUUGAUAAAUACGUUUGUAGAAAAUGUUAUUCUAUAGUAUAAAAUUUUUACCCUAUUUUUAUAAUUAGGCACGCACUUUUGUAGAUAAUCUUUUCUAGAUAUGAGUCAUUGCUUUGUCAAUGAUUUGUGUACUUUCAGCAUAUCGUCUUAUUGUGAUAAAAAAUGUGGACGAAAAAUUCAUAUUCCUCCUUAUCUUUCUAUUUAUGACGGUCAUAUACAUCUGAAUCAAGUUGUUACUAAAAUUCAAUCCGACUUUAUUUCUCUUAAAGCAAUCCCUCCUAUUCGUGAAUAUUAUUUCGUCAAUAAUAAUCACAAACCUGCUGAAUGGUCGGUUUUGAAUUCUUUCCAUAUUCCUCCACACGUUCACAUAUAUCCUACCAUGGGUAUUCACCCAAAAUAUUUUGAUCCACACGGUGUAUAUAAAACUCUUGAUGAUCUUCAAAAUCAUUUAGAAAUUUCCCAUCAUAUUUCAAAUCCUAAAAAUAAAAUAGUUGCCGUUGGAGAAUGUGGACUUGAUGAAACAGCUAUGACGGCCAUUGAUCAACAACUAUUUGUCCUUCAAAAGCAGAUUGAUCUUGCCAAUCGAUUUCAUCUUCCAAUCGUUAUCCAUUGUCGUGGUCCUCAUCUUUAUCAAAAAUUAUUCGAUUGUCUAAAAAGCCGAAUCCCAGACAAAAAUUUUCCACUUCAUUGGCAUUGCAUCAAUAGUAAUUCGGAUUUGCAUACUAUUGAUUUGUUUUUAAACCAGUAUCCGAAUUCUUAUAUCGGCUUGA